ACAGAGUUGAGGAUUCACGAUUUGCCUUGCGUGCAGCAGAGUCAACAUGUCCUCAUCUCCCAUCCAAAACUUCUUCGUCACCCAUUUCAUGCCGGAGAAAUGUUACGCGCAGCUUUUCGUCAACUUCAACUUGCACGUGCCAUGUUUGACUUUAUUCCUCAACAAAAUCAUCGGAUGGUGGAUUCUUUUGGACAUAGUUUUUGCUCAGCUCCUGCAGCUGCUGCGGAUUCUCUGGAGACGAAAUGCGGAGGGCUUGUGUCCAGCUUCCGUCCUGCUGCAACUUUACGCCUCGUCUGGACCCGUCCUAUUGGCCGUGGCCCGCAACUUCCCACUUUUCGCCUGGGGUGAAAGGCUUUUCUUGAGCAUCCAGACGACGACGAUUGUCUUCCUCAUCCUGCAUUAUCGGGGAGACACCGUUAGAGGAAUUCUGUUUGUGUUGGCUUACGGUGGUUUAAUAGUCCUCCUGGGAUCACAUGCGCCUGCGCAAGUCAUCUCGGCAAUGCAGUCUUCCAGUUUGGCAGCAAUAAUUGCAAGCAAGGCUCUGCAGGCAGGAAGUAACUUCAAAAAGGGCCACACGGGUCAGCUGUCCUCCACGUCUGUUUUGCUGUCUAGCGCAGCCUCCCUGGGCCUCACCUUUGUUUCGCUGCAGGACACAGGCAAGUCUCUUGCAACCGCCAGCUACCUCGUGUCAGCCUGCUUCAGCUGCAUCUUGCUGGCUCAGGUCCUCUGCUAUGGGAGCAACAAAACUAGUCCAAAAAAAGAAGACUGAGCCAAGAUGGAGGACAGAGAAAACCAGAUUGAGUCCUGAAGAACCCGGAGAAAGCCCACACAAGCACAGCUGAGAGCUGAGCCCAAAACCUCAGAACUGUGCGGCAGACACGCCAACCUCUAGGUCACUGUUCUGCCGUAUGAGGUUUACGAUGAGACAAAUUUCCAAACUUUGUCCAUGUAGAAGAAGUGGAGAUAGUCAUGUAUGUGGACGUUCACAUUUAAGUACAAAAAAUUUUAAAUGUAUUUUGUGCGCCAGCCGAUAAAGAAAACCUGACUUCUGGGAAACCCUUGUAAGUUUUCAGUUUGGGUUGAUAAACAAUACGGAGCUCAUAUAUGAACUGUGACUUACAGACGUCUUUUGUGUAAUACAUACAGUAGUGAGUUCUUUGUCCUGACCCUUCGUGCAUAAAAGUGCUAAUUUUUUAAAAUGUGUGUAUUUUAAUCUAGACAGAGGAGUUGGCAUCACAUUCAAUUGACAUGUUGCUGCAUGUAACAGCUAUUUAGUAGUACAGUUAGAAGGCAAAUGUGCUUAAAGCCAACACUACACUAACUUCACAGUUGCUAAUCUGAUUUGAUUUCAAAAAAUUUUUAAUAAAAAGGCUAAGCAACAGCAUAACAGGAAUUUCCUUAAUGUUUCAUUAUUCAGUAAUGUCUGGAAAGGUGUGUUUGAAAUCUAGCUACAUGAAUGGGAAACCCUUGUAAGUUUUCAGUUUGGGUUGAUAAAAAAUACGGAGCUCA